AAAUAUGCCUGAAAUUCAAUGUUUAUUUCCUGAAUAUCACUGAAAUAUUGAUUUUUUUUACAUGAAAACUUAAAUUUACAUGUACAAAAAUGUGUUGAAGAAACUUAAAUGUUGUGUUUUUGCUGAACCACAGCUGCAUAAUAAAAGAACUGUCUUCAAAAGGUAGAACAAAGCGCAACUAUGUCGUCCCCGUCCAAACAUCGUUACUCUCGACAGACUUGGUACCAGCGACUCAUGCACAAACGAUUGCCAAUAACCAAAUGGCUGCCUCAGUACAAUUCCGAAAAAGCACUGGCUGAUUUCAUAGCUGGGAUCACAGUUGGGCUCACAGUGAUACCGCAAGCGUUGGCGUAUGCUGCACUUGCCGGAUUGGAUCCUCAGUACGGUCUUUACUCAUCGUUCGUGGGAUGUUUCAUUUACAUUAUAUUUGGAUCAUGCAAGGAGAUUACACUGGGACCUACUGCGUUAAUGGCCUUGAUGACGUAUCAACAAAUACAGGGAAGGAAUUUCGACUACGCCAUCUUACUAUGCUUUCUUACUGGUGUAGUGCAGCUUAUUAUGGGAAUAUUGCAUUUAGGCGUGCUAAUAGACUUCAUAUCCGUGCCAGUGACAGUCGGAUUCACCUCGGCGACGUCUGUGAUAAUCGCCGUCUCGCAGCUGAAAGGGUUAUUGGGUCUUAAUUUCAAAUCUGGUGGCUUCGUUGACACUUUGAAGAAGGUAAUAAUAAAUAUACCAAAUGCCAGAUUUGCAGACAGUACACUGGGCGUAUCGUGUAUUGUCAUAUUACUCAUGAUGCGGAAAAUGAAAGAUUUAAAUCUGCCACCGACUCAAAAAGGUCUGAAUAAAACGCUGUGGCUCCUAUCGAUUUCGAGAAACGCCAUAAUUGUUAUAUUAUGCUCUGUGAUAGCGUUUUUAUGCGACAAAUAUAAUGACGGAUCUCCCUUCAAGCUGACCGGCACAGUGAGAGAAGGGCUUCCAUCCUGGUCGGCGCCGCCAUUCAGCACCGAAAUCGGUGAACGAAAAGUGUCUUUCAUAGAAAUGUGCUCCGACCUCGGAUCGUCUAUUGUGUUAGUUCCUAUUAUUGGCGUACUGGGAAACGUCGCCAUUGCUAAAGCUUUCGCCAGUGGAGAAUCAGUUGACGCUACGCAAGAGCUGUUAACGUUAUCACUUUCAAACAUUCUCGGAUCAUUCGUCGGAGCGAUGCCCAUCACUGGUUCCUUCUCCAGAAGUGCUGUGAACCACGCUAGUGGCGUCGCCACGCAAUUUGGCAGCUUGUAUACAGGUAUCCUGGUACUGCUUGCAUUAAGUCUCCUAACUCCAUACUUCUAUUUCAUUCCGAAAGCGUCUCUCGCCGCCGUUGUAAUUUGUGCUGUGAUAUUUAUGAUAGAAUACGAGGUGGUUAAGCCGAUGUGGCGAUCUCGACGCGCUGACCUUGUUCCUACGUUCGCGACUUUCGCUCUCUGCCUCAUAGUCGGCGUCGAGUUAGGUAUUUUGGCUGGAGUCGCCAUCAACGUCAUAUUGCUGCUGUAUCCCAGUGCAAGGCCACAGCUUGACGCUGAGAUUGCUACGUCACCUUCAGGCUUCAACUACCUUCUAGUGACAGUCGGCAAUAGCUUAUACUUCCCUGGAGUGGAGUACAUCAGACAAUAUGUGGAAAGAGCUGCUAAGAAGAAGGGUGGAUGCAGCAUGCCCAUUGUUAUAGACUGUCGAUAUGUACUUGGUGCCGAUUUCACAGCAGCGAAAGGUAUCUGUGCGCUGUCAAGCUCGUUACGAGCACGGGGUCAACCGCUAGUACUGCUGUCGCCGCGCAAAUGCGUCACGUCUGUUUUCAGCGGGGCUGGCUCCAACGUGGUUAUUGUCAUGGCCCUGAAUGAUCUUGAUAGCACUUUACAAGACCUCACUGGCCAAAUUCCCUUACCAUUAAUCAACAACACGAGCAACGUAUCGCCUCCGCCGACAUACGAGUCUUUGAAACAAAUUGACGAAGAUUUUCCUGAAGUAGUUAUCGCACAGGGAUCCAAUAGUAUACCUUUGUUAAAUGGCAAGAAUGGUACACUAAAAUCGCUGCGAAAUGAGGUCAAUGACACGUAGCUUUAAGAUUUUCUUUGCAUUUAAAUUGACUUUAAGCAUAAAUGAUUUGUAUUAUAUAUAUUUUAAAAAGUCCAGUACCGAUGUUUUUUGUCUUCAAUUCGGAAUUUAACUUGCUCUCAAUUAUUGUACGUAUUCGGUAUUGUCUAGCAAAGGAAAUGCUAAUACUGUUUUACCUAUUCUUUAACCUUUUACGACCCAGCAAACUACAAUAGGAAAUACGCUAAACGUCCAAUGUACAUUAAUAUGUACUAAAUAUUAAUUAAUAUGUACUUGCUUCAGGCUCACGCAAGAAUGCCUUCAUUUUGUAUGAAAAAUGUUAUUUUCCAUAUACUCUAUGGCUAUAUAGAUUAUAUUUAUAGCGCUAAAUUUGAAUGCCAGGUUUUCAUUAUAAUGAACACAGCGAGUUUACGUGAUCAAAGGAAUAAUAUUGCCUGGGUCUGAAUCACUACAUAUUAUAUACAGUCACGGCACGUCAAGCUGCACUUUGCCCAAAUAUUGCCUUGUCACUCACAUUUGUGAGAUACUAGGAUGAUCUACGUGGUCAAGUGGUCACCUCUGUCGCCACCUCUGAGGUCACCGGAUCGAUCCCCAGCCGGGUCAAUGUAGAAAGUAGAAAAACUAACUUUUCUAUAUUGUCUCAGGUCUGGGUGUUUAUGGUACGGUAAUUGUUUCCGAUUUCCAUAACACAAAUUCUUUAGUUGCUUACUUUGGGAUCGGAGCAAUGUAUGUGAUGUUGUUGUCUAAUAAUAAUACUAAGAACAGAUACAUUCCAUCCACAUACAACGUGCGUUCAAAACAUAUGGGCUCGAAGCGGCGAAGCUCUUUACAAUAACAUUUGCCGGCUUUACCUAUGGUGCAGGGUGUGCGGCGCAGGGGCGCGGGGUCUUCAGAGGCGCCAAGUGCCGCUCGCUUCACCUCCAAAAACUGCCUCGGUGGCGUGACCGAACGUUUACCAUGGUCAGCCAAGCAUAGGUCCAGGGUGCGAUUCCCGGACCGAGUGAAAUAUUUGUAUGGCCUACAUUUAUUUAUCUCGUGAGUUUGGGUGUAUUUGUGGUUUGCUUAUGAGUCUGUCCGUGGUACCCGCAACACGGUUUCUCUGGUCCGGGGCUCUGAAAGCUUCACAGCUUUCAAAAAAACACUUCACAGCUUUUAAAAGAGCUUAUGUCGCUCGCGGCACAGACGAAAUAAACGGACUAUUGCUUCCUAACAUCAUUUGAGGUUAUUAGCUCGAAAGUGGUGUAACCCACAUUCAAUUUUUUUUUCUACAAUAUUACUUUAAAUGAUACUAAAGUACAUAAUUAUUUUAUAUUUUAAUGCUAUUGUCACGUAAAAAUAUUUAAUUAUUAUAAUUUUUAAAUAUAGUGAAACAAAUUUAAUGUCAGUUUCACCAUUUUUGCGCUGACAGCCUCGUUUAUAAUUGCAUCAUUUGCACACGAAUUUCCGAUCACUGGGCAGAAUAUAACAUUGUAAUCGCGUGCAUGCCAGAGAGCGCCAGGGUAAUGGGUGCACCCGGGCGCUAUAUGGGCUGGCGCUUUACGCAGUCUUCUUUCACAAGCCUCUCUAAGGCUUACGCGAUAAGCCGCGAUAGUCCAAUGGUUUUUUAACUCACUAAUUAACAAUUUCAAAUGUAGUACUUCGAAUCCCCUGCGUUGCUGCAAGUUUUUUUACAGUUGACGCAAAAUAAAGGUGCAAAUACACAUGCUUAAUCAAAAACGUCUUUACAUUUAAAAAAUCGUACUUUGUUCUACUACUUUCGUUUUCAAAAAUACACGCAUGACGUUAUACUAGGAAUUAACAUGUGUGUUGCUACCUCAACAUUGACAAUUAUUGACCGGAAUUAGAGCAAAAUGUAUAGAAUUGUGUGAUUAGUAAUUAAUUAUUAGAAUGUAGUUUAUUUUUAAGUGAUGUGAGUGUACAGGUAAUAAGUAAAAAGUACUUUGGAGUAUGAAAGGAAUUUACCAAAGAUUGGAGGCAGUCAUAUUGUUUUUGUACAUAUUUUUUAAAUGUAUGGAGCAAAGCCCCAUCAGAGCCUUUUAAGUAUUUAAAUUGGUUGUGCUCAUAUCGUACCUUUGGUAUAAUAAAGCCAUAUGUCAUCAUAUAUCAAAAGUAUUUUUAUCACAUGAUUUACAUGAUUAAGUCUUAAAAAUAAUGCGAACUACAUAAAACAAGUCGAUCCGUCCUAUGUAAAAAAUUGUAAGCCCAAAUUCACAAUUCUACAAAGAAAUGUUUUAAUGUAUUUGAAACGACUAUAGUGAGCUUAAUACUUACGAUUCUCAAGGUAUUACAAUUAAAUCUGAUACAUAGUCAUUAUUUUUCACGUAUAAUUUUACUGCAAAGUAUAAUAUACUAAUAAUAUACUUGAUAUAAAAAUAAAAUUAUUUAUUACAAAAUUUACCUUUUUGUGAUUUACGAUAUAUUAUGGAGGAGGAGUCGAAAUUACGUAUAUAUG